UUUGUGUUUCGAUCAGUGAACACGGUUUUUUGCUUUGGUGCGUUUUCGGAUGCUCAAAAGUGACGAUUUGACGGAGAAUAUAGCGAUUCAGGAUGUACAACUACGCAAGCGCGUACGCAGCAGCCUUUUCGGAAAGUUACAAAAAGGCGUGUGACUCGAAUCCCAUGACGGCAGGCGGCGGGCAGCACUACGGCACCUGCGGUCCCUACGGUUCUGCCACCAUCCGAGGACGGUGUCCGCACACGGCUCGUGUCAACGGGAGCGAGAAUCCACGGGGAGGUGACACCCGCCCAAGAUCACGGAAUGCCGGUCAGCUCAUGACUGGCUCCCGGUGGGUGUCCCCAAGUGGAUAUGUCCAUCGCCAGAUUGAUUCCGCUAAGGAUGAGCGGAAUCUCAAGCCACCCUUACAAGGCCCCCAAGUUAGAAAGGCGUGCGACUCGGAUCCCUCGGCGAGAGGCAGCGGGCAGCGCUACGACAACUGCGGUCCCCGUUCUGCCACCGUCCAAGGACUGUGUCCGCACUCGGCUCGUGUCGAGAGCGGGAAUCCACGUGGAGGUGACACCCGCCCAAGAUCACGGAAUGCCGGUCAGCCCAUGACUGGCUCCCAGCGGAUGUCCCAAAGUGGAUAUGUCCAUCGCCAGAUUGAUUCCGCUAAGGAUGAGCGGAAUCUCAAGCCACCCUUACAAGGCCCUCAAGCUAGGAGGCUUUCCCCCCUUCGGCGUCUUCCUCAACGCAACAAGGUUCGACCUCUGAACAUCGACGGUCUCUUGUUGACGUCAGAAGCACGCCCACCCUGCCCCAGUGACUCGGCCCGCAGCUACGCCAUGUUCAAUGCCUCUUCGCAAAUCUCCAAUACCACCCAGAGAUCAGGCAAUUUGGUCGUAGCCGGGCAGUCCCGUAAGCUGGCGAACAUCACCAGCGACAGGACGAGCUCGAGUCCCCCAGAAGACGACAUUGACAGGCCGCCGUCUGUCGUCGUUGGACAGGCAUUUGUCCCGACAACAUCAAGGUCCAAGCGAACGUGGAAAACAAGACUUCGAUCUCUCUUUGCUCCUCGGAGUCGCGGGACCAAGACCACCGUUCAGCCUUUCGUUACACCACAAGGGCAAUCGGAAGGUCAAGUCAGUCGACCUAGGUUACUCGAAGAAGACCACAGUGAUCCAGGUCAAGUCAACCGACCCAGGUCACUCAAAGAAGACCACAGUGACCCAGGUCAAGUCAGUCGACCUAGGUCACUCAAAGAAGACCACAGUGACCCAGGUCACCAGAGCCACACCAGCGCUCUGAUGAAGAAUCGAGAAGCGAAGGAAUUUGGAGGAGAUGCAUUAACUAUAAAGAUGCAUCAUCGGCAAUGCAGCGCUGCCAUGGCAACAAGACCAGCCUCGUACAGCAACCAGCCCCUCCCGAUCCCAGGAACACCUCAAUUUGACUGGGACCGUCUCCAGUCAAGCUCCCACCCUGCUCCAAGAAGUGACAAUCUGAUCACAUCACAGAAGCAGAAGGAGGUUACGGGCCUCGUCGCCAACUACGGUGACGGGUCACUCCCAGUUUCAGCUCCUAGGAAUGCUUCCUUUCGCAAUUCCUCGGUUUGCGACUUGCCUUCAUUUCCAUCUCAGGGGCAAGGAGCAAAGAUGCGGGAUAAGAUAUCAUCAGAUGAGGAAGUAACAAUCCCUAAUGCAGAUCCUCUGACGUCGAUCUCACGUGGCGAUGGCAAGCCUCACGAAGAGGGAAGAGAAAGUGGAGACCAUGGUUGUGGUUGGGAAUCGAUCUCAGUUCCAGUGUCUCCAUCUCCAUCUCAUCAAUCUGUCUCCUCCUCAUCCAAGAAUUCCUCUCCGUCUCAGAAUGUAGGAUCAGAGACGGAUGUUGAAGACUUCAUCUACAAUGUUGAUGGAGAAAGCUCAUCGGUAUCAUCUAUGAGCGAUUCUUCAUGGGCAAUGCCAAAUUCAGAAGCUGAUGCGGAUGUUGACUCUUUUGAUGAGGAGACAAUUGCAGACAAAAGCAGACAAAGGUUUACAGAAUUACCACCGCUUCGUCAGCAGCGACUCGCUCUCAAGAUGGCCCCGGCAUUUGCUUUAAAAACAUCUUAUCCGGAGGACUUUGCUCAUUGGCUGACGGUUGUGCUGAGUUGUAUUGAGCGAAGGGAUGUGAUGCGACGGAUGCAACUUGCUUCCAACUACAAGACACCGUUCACAAGAAAGGAGGCUUGGGAAAUUCAUGCCAACGCCGCAAAAGCCAAAGACAUAAUGCGUCAAUUGAACCAAAUCAUCUCAUUAUCGACAAAGGACGAAGAGUCGAGUAUUGAGAGUUUGCAAUUAGCCUCUCCUGCAAAUCCUGUCAAGAAAGACUCAGAAAUCGAGGGGGACAGAAGAACAUCAAGUGCAACACCACAGGUCCCGAAGGACGCCUGGAGUUCUAGACAGGUAGCAUCUUCAAAAGAUUCCGAAUCGUCUGCAUCCAUAACUCCAAAGACAAAGUUCGAAACUACUUUGAAGGAACACAAAGAAAAAGUUGAAAAGAGCGACUCAGAUCAAGAAGAGGUAACGCCAGCUGAAUGUCCAGAGUCUUCAAUUUCAAAGCUCUCUGAGAUGAUGUCUACUGAAAGUAAACCAUGGGAUGUUGUCAACAAGGCAUCCCCAUGUGCACAUCUACCCACAAUCUCGAAGAAGUCAUCUUCGAACGACUGCGCAUCAAGAGCAGCGUCCCAUGCUCAGAAGGACACCUUAAGUCUCGAAAAAGGCGCAGAAUAUACUUCAUCCAUGAAUGCAAAGAAAUACAUAGUGUAUGCCCAAAAAGAAAUGGACGAAAUUGCAAGAAAACCCGAAGAGACUGAGAAGAGCGACUCAGAUCGACCAUCUGGAAGUCCAGCGUCUUUACUGCCAAAACUUUCUGAUAAGACUCCCACUUCAGCUUCAUCAGGAGUAGUUGUCAACAAGGUAUCAGUUGAAGAAAAUUACCAUUCGCCACAACCGAAAAUCUCAAAGAAUUCAUCUUGGAAGGAUGUGGCUACAACUGAUAACACAUCAAGCACAGCUAAUGCUUCUUCUAAGAACCCUCAAGCAACACAAAGUCCUCAGGAAGGACUACUAGAACUCACAGCCUAUCCCUCAAUCGAUCCUAGCGAGUUGGAGUUCAUUAUGUCUGACAACGGAAAAGAAGUGGCGCUUGGGUCGGGUUCUUGUGGUGGAGUCCUACUGAUGCGUCAUAAAGCAGACAAUACUCUCCUUGCUGUCAAGGUGCUGGUUAAAAACUUCUCUUUCUUGCAGCACGAGGUGGCAGCCAUGCAUGCGGUGAGAAACUGUCCCUUCUUCCCCAAAUUUGUAGGAGUCAUCGACUACUGCUCUUACGCCCAAGAGCUCGUAGGUGGUGUUGGCAGAAACACGGCUUACGACUUCCGCAAGGCGCUGCACGACGAUCUCUUGAACGCGUUAGAGUGGCUACACGUCUGCCGUGAUGUCACGAAGGGACUCAAGGCUUUGCAUACUGCUGGCUGGCUUCACUGCGACCUACACUGCGGCAAUGCUAUGGUGUGUCCCAAUCCACCAGGCUCUGAUGUGGCUUGGCGCGGCAAGAUCAUCGACCUGGGAAACGCCCUGCAGAUUUCGAAUCCAGGCCCAGUCACGAUCCUUGAUGAUGAGCAACAGAAGAAGCUCUACGAACUUGCCAAGCAGUGUGCCCCCGAGAUUCUGGAAGGCAGAGACACAUUCACCGAAAAAUCCGACAUCUACAGUCUCGGCAAUCUCUUCGUGGAUGUAGCCAGUGACGCAAAUAUCCCCCACGGUCUCCGUCUACUAGGCGAGUUCUGCAUGAGACGAAGUUCUGAUGCUCGCCCAACACUGGAUGCCAUCUCGGGGAAACUAGACGAUUUCAUCUCGGAGAUGAUGCAGGCUGAGCAACAGCCUUCCAGCCCGUCUCCUAUUCCUCCUCCCUCAUCCUCUCCUUCUCCUAAUCUUCGUUGCCAUCUCAUCGCGGAGAUGGUGCAGGCUGAGCAGCAGCCUUCAAGCCCCUCUCGUAUUCCUCCUUCCCCAUCAUCGCCUUCUCCUAAAAUGCGUUGCCGUCUUUGUUAGUUUAUCAAAUCCAAAAUCGCACAGAAAGAGUAGAGAAGACCGGCCGCGUCCUAAUCGGAUGUUUUGACUACGAUUACAAAGCAGUACAUGAGUAGUGGAAGGCUGGAAGCAUGCAAACCGUAGUCUAAAACAACCGAUUUGGACGCGGCGCUAGGGCCGUGUGUUAACACGAAGGAACUCAAAGGCAAAUUGUUCCAGGCAAGAAAAGGACAGAACAAAAAUUUCUUUCCCUACAAUACUCUGAGGUAUUCUUUGACAGCUAAUGUUCUCCAUUCCUCCUAGUGUUUCUUGCAUUUAGUUGUCUCUCAGUUGCCGAUGAGAAUUGCUUUGUUAUUGGCCCUUAUACACCAGAGAACUUUAUCACGAUGUAGCCCUUUUGUCUAGUUUCCAGCAGCAAGACAUUGAGAAAUCACUGCGGCCACUUGCGUACAGAAUAGUCACCAGACAGUGAUUAUUUUUCUCUGUAGAUCUGUUUGGUCAUUUGGAUCAGUUGUAAGAACAUUGAGAACAUGAUUAAGACUAUAAUUAUCAUGCGCUGCUAACGUUCCAGUACGCUGUAUUUUGGUAAAUAUAAUAAGCUUUUAAACUUGAAAAAUAUCUGAAAUAUGAAAAUAUCUGCCUUUUGAACCACAGAUUUGCUGCUAAACUGAUCCAAAGAGAGUACUGCCAAAGUUUACUGUUUCUGUGCGAUUUUUGACAACCAUUUAUUCUGUUAACUAAUAUCUGAGAUGUGGCUUAUUCAAAUAUGGUAUUAAAAAAAAACUGAUCUAAAAAUCUUGAAAACAAACCAUCAAUUCAAUUUUGCUUCAUAUUCAAAUCCUCCAAUUUGAAUAUGAUUUUUUCACACACUUAUAGAGGUGAGGGUUAAGACCAGUACUCCGUUUGUUAAAGUGUUAGUUUUUGUGGGUGUCCUAACGACCUCGUUAACAUAGCUUUCGAGCUCCAAUACGAGGUUGACCUUUGACACCCGCAAUGACGUCACCUUUUUCAAGUCCGGAGUUCUGGUCUUAUUUUCAGCCCAAACAUGACAUGCACUGAUUUUUCUUCAUUCAAUUUCAUUCUCUAUUAAUUGAGUCAUAUCCUAUGGAUCCCUUAUUUUUGUAUAUUUCACGAUGGGCCACUUUUUCACGAGUGAAGGUAGCAUAAUUUUGAAAUCACAGUUUGAAUAAUUGUAGUAACAUCAGUUACUAACACAACCAUUGACCUCAGGUAUACAUGUGGUCAGUUUGAAGACAAAUAAUGGAAAUACAUACACAUUGUCAUUCAUAUAAGUAGGUAUGUAACACAAGUUAAAACCUAACUUUUUAGCUUUGAUGCAGAUUUUUUUUCACAGCAAAAAGAAAUUCUUUGCAUUCUUCUUUCCAGCAUAAUGUAUUUGGUUUUUAUAAUAGAUGGUGUUGGUCAGUACUAUCAGAAUAUUACUGAUACCUAUAGAUAUUGGUACUCCCGGGUAUUUAUCACAUUCUUGUAUGACACUAUGAAGCUCUAGAACGCUGAUACCUAGCACAGAAUGAAACAAUAUGUGACAUCAAGCUGGUUUAUUCUGUAAAUUAAUGGCAAAUG